AUGGGCACACUACUCGAAGGCCAUCAAGGUGCGGUCUGGUCUGUUGCUCAUUCGCCAGACGGACGUUGUAUUGUCUCCGGGUCUGAUGACAAGACGGUUCGCAUUUGGGAUGCUCUGACGGGUGCUCAGGUGGGCACACCACUUGAAGGUCAUCAAGGCGGGGUCGAGUCUGUCGCUUAUUCGCCAGACGGACGUUGUAUUGUCUCUGGGUCUGAUGAUAAGACAGUGCGGAUUUGGGAUGCUCAGACAGGUGCACAGAUGGGCACACCACUCGAAGGUCACCAAGACAUGGUCGCGUCUGUUGCUUAUUCGCCAGACGGUUGUCAUAUUGUCUCUGGGUCUUAUGACAAGACGAUUCGCAUUUGGGAUGCUCAGACAGGUGCACAGAUGGGUGCACCACUCAAAGGUCAUCAAGGCGCCGUCUGGUCUGUUGCUUACUCGCCAGACGGACGUCAUAUUGUCUCUGGGUCUUUGGACGACACAAUGCGCAUUUGGGACGCUCAGACAGGUGCACAGGUGGGCACAUCACUCGAAAGUCAUCAAGAUUGGGUCAGGUCUGUUGCUUAUUCGCCGGACGGACGUCAUAUUGCCUCUGGGUCUGAGGACAAGACGAUUCGCAUUUGGGAUGCUCAGACAGGUGCACAGAUGGGCACACCACUCGAAGGUCAUCAAGGUGCGGUCUGGUCUGUUGCUUAUUCGCCAGACGGACGUCAUAUUGUCUCUGGAUCGGGUGACAAGACAAUUCACGUUUGGGAUGCUCAGACAGGUACGGGUGCACAGGUGGGCCCACCACUCGAAGGUCAUCAGGGCAUUGUCUGGUCUGUUGCUUAUUCGCCAGACGGACGUCAUAUUGUCUCUGGGUCUUCUGACAAGACAGUGCGGAUUUGGGAUGCUCAGACAGGUGCACAGAUGGGCCCACCACUCGAAGGUCAUCAAGACUUGGUCCGGUCUGUUGCUUAUUCGCCAGACGGGCGUCAUAUUGUCUCUGGGUCUUAUGACAAGACGAUUCGCAUUUGGGAUACUCAGACAGGUGCACAGGUGGGCACACCACUUGAAGGUCAUCAAGGUGCGGUCUGGCCUGUUGCUUAUUCUCCAGACGGACGUCGUAUUGUCUCCGGGUCUGAUGACAAGACAGUGCGGAUUUGGGAUGCUCAGACAGGUGCACAGGUGAGCAAACCACUCGAAGGUCAUCAAGGCUGGGUCCGGUCUGUUGCUUAUUCGCCAGACGGACGUCAUAUUGUCUCUGGGUCCGAUGACAAGACAAUUCGCAUUUGGGAUACUCAGACAACUGCACAGGUGGGCGCACCACUCAAAGGUCAUCAAGACUGGGUCCAGUCUGUCGCUUAUUCGCCGGACGGACGUUAUAUUGUCUCUGGGUCUGAUGACAAGACGAUUCGAAUUUGGGAUGCUCAGACAGGUGCACAGUUGGGCACAUCACUCGAAGGUCAUCAAAGCUGGGUUGAGUCUGUUGCUUAUUCGCCAGACGGACGUCAUAUUGUCUCUGGGUCUAAUGACAAGACAGUGCGCAUUUGGGAUGCUCAGACGGGUGCACGGGUGGGCGCACGGGGCGAGGGUCACAAUUAUCUGCCAACAGUCCCGGAGGAUGGAUGGAGUCGGACUUCGACAGGUGGUCUUAUACUAUGGAUUCCUCACGAGUAUCGAAGGGGUGUAUGCGACAUGAGUGUAGAUUGCUUUCCGAGAAAUGAUCCUGAUCAUCCUGUAAAGAUUGACUGGCAGAACUUGUGUCACGGAGAUACGUGGACGAACGUAAAGAUAAAUCGCAAGGAUUAG